AGCGCACCAGUUGCAUGCCGGCGAUGAGCGAGUGAGGUUCGUUGCUUGAAAGAUUUCCCCCCAGAACGAAAGACUUGUGCGCUAGCAUAAAACAGGCGACGAACCCUUUCGAUGGAAAAUUCGCUUGCCCAUUACUAGCCCAGUUUCGGAUGCAGCGCUGUUGGUUGUGGUGCUGUUGUGCAAUAGCUGUCCAGCGAAACGCGAACCGCGGGUGUGCAGUGAAAUAAAACGUGCGCGGGUGUGAAUAAAUUACGUCCAGCUGCUUGGGCUAGCCGGCGCGCGCGACGGCGUAUCGCUUCGGUGAAGGACGUCAAUGGAAAGUGAAAAGCAGAUUCCUUACGGUACGUGGUGGUCAACAACGGUCAGCGUGUGUGUUUGUGUGUUCGAUUUGUUUGGCCAUUGAUUUAUUCGUGUUCGCGGUUAGCUGGAACGUACGUAAGAGAAAUGCAAACGAUUGUUUAGAACUAGAGCUGGAAGUAGUAGAGUGCCUUCGUGUGGAACAUAUUGAUUGAACAAAACUGUUCUCGCCGUGUGGAAUUAAACGUGUACGAGAGUGUUUAAAGAUUGUGGUUAACGGAGUCAGAAGGGAGAGAGAAAAAAAAGCCCCAAACCAAACCAAUCCACAAUAAAUUGAACCUCACCGGUGAAGUGCUCAGCAUCGUUUAGCUAAACAAAGAACAGCACCAAUCUUAGCGUGGGGCAGGAAAAUACACAUUGUGGUGAAAAACGGUGAAAAAUGUUCUAGCGGUGUUUCGUGUGAGCUUUCGUCACGCUUUCGGAAGCGCUCAGCACUGUACUGUCCUGGUCCGUGGUUGGCGAAGGUGCGAUGCCGUUGCUGAUGAGCGGUUCCUUCCAUCCGACGACGGCGGCACGGGUACGACAGCACGACCGUUGCUGAUGACGAUUUAAAAGACAAUAAUUUGCUUUUCCCUGCGCUUAACCGCAACAACGCGACAACACCGGUCUGCCAGUUUUGGAGGCAAUUUGUAGCAAACGGCGGUUUGCUUUGGUUUGGAGAACGAACCCAUUCUCGGGGCGAAAGACGAUUGACGACGCUCACCAGUUACGGAUUAGGCACGUGUUACGGAAAACCGGGUGGACGAAAAAUCGAAGCCACAUAAUGUCUCAAUCCGGCAGGUUACAUCAUCUCGGCUGGUGUGCUUUCAUCAUUGUGGCGGCACAGACACUCUGCAUCCUACAGCUAACGCAUGGCGUUACCGGCAUCACGACUGUGUCUCCUGUUAGCUUUCAACCGAACAACAGUACCAACGCGGCCAGCACCCAUGGCCUACCCUCCACGGCUCCCACGGGAACAGUGACCACAGGAACAAACCAUGGCCGGGAAGCCGCAUCCACCCUGCACCCAUCCUCCACCGCUGCACCGAAAGUGCAACGGAAACGGGGCAGCAUAAGCGGCGGCAAGAAGAAUGUCGUCGUGCAGCAGCCGACACCGCUGGACAAUGCGAACAAUUCGCGCGAGGCACUCUCCCACGAGGGCAGCGAACCGGUCGUCUACGUUUCGGAUACGUCCGGUUACAUUCCGCUCACCGCACUGCAGUCGUCCCAUCCACGGUUACCACCGCCUCCGGUGUACGGUGGAGACAUCGAUGCAGCCUGGCGUCCCGAUCCCUGGGACAGGGAUUACAACCGGCGCUAUCGCUUCAACAAUACCCGUGUCCAGCAUAUCGAAGCGGAAUGUCAGGACGAUUACAUGAAGAUACGGAUUGGGUUCAACGGAUCGUUCAAUGGGCUUCUCUACUCCUCUGGUUACGCGUACGAUCCAGACUGUAUGUACAUUAACGGUUCCGGUCGCGACUACUACGAGUUCUUCAUCCAGCUAAACCGUUGCGGUACGCUGGGAAAGAAUGCGAUCGGUGAGGAUAGUCGCAAGAAUCCAACGAAAAACUUCAUGUGGAACACGGUGACGGUACAGUACAAUCCGCUGAUCGAGGAAGAGUUCGACGAACACUUUAAGGUGACUUGCGAAUAUGGAUACGAUUUCUGGAAAACGGUCACAUUUCCCUUUCUUGAUGUCGAAGUCGCAACGGGAAACCCGGUAGUGUUCACGCUUAGCCCGCCGGAAUGUUACAUGGAGAUCCGGAACGGGUACGGAACGAAUGGUGCACGGGUAACGGGCCCGGUACGUGUCGGCGAUCCGCUGACGCUCAUCAUUUACAUGCGCAGCAAGUACGACGGGUUUGACAUUGUGGUGAACGAUUGUUUCGCACACAACGGGGCCAACAAGAGGAUUCAGCUGAUCGACGAGUAUGGGUGUCCGGUUGAUGAUAAGCUGAUUUCGCGAUUCCGUGGCAGCUGGUCCGAUACGGGCGUGUUCGAGACGCAGGUGUACGCCUACAUGAAAACGUUCCGCUUCACCGGCUCACCAGCACUGUACAUCGAGUGUGAUGUUCGCAUGUGUCACGGACGAUGUCCGAGCCAACCUUGCCACUGGAGAAAUCUGAAAGGCGUCACGAAACGUGAGGCCGUUCAACCGCAGGUCAACACCACCCUGUCGGACAACAUUAGCCUCUUCCAAGCGCUCCGAGUGCUGCAGGAGGAAGAUGAGGAGGCGCGCGCGAAAAAGGAAUCGAUCACCUCAGCUAAACCCCAAGACAUGUCGGAAACAUGUAUGAAGACUUCCGUCCUAUCCGCCCUACUGGCAACCUGCUGCGUGCUGCUGUGCGUUCUCGGUGGUUCCUUGCUGGCGGCAUGCGCCAAGCUACGGUAUCGCAAGAAAGAUGCUGCCUUCUUCGACAACUACGUAGGCCAUAAGGCACAGCUGGAUUGAGCUGCCAACGUUGCGGGCUUUUUUCGUGACUCUCACGCUGAGCUUAGCUUAAGUGAUCAAUCGUUCAAACGCAUCAUAAUCAUAGUAAACGCAAAAAUAACAAAAACAAUUAGCCGUAAGCCGCUGAUGUAAGGACCGUGGUGCCCCGGUUAAGGGCUACAGUACUUCAGUAAGAUUGAUAGAUUCGGACGUAAGUGAGCACGUGCAAGGUUCGAUACGCAAGGUGCAAACGUAAUACUCUCCAUAGCUGUAUUGUAACAACAGAAGCGCCUUUGAUAAGGCCGUCGCCCUCCACACUUCAUUUGAUCAUAUUUCAUCGAGUGUAAAUAAGCAUUAGAAAGAUCCGAGAGAUCCAUAAUUCCAUUUUCAUCGCCGCGGGGGCCCGUUAUCGUAAUCGCUCGAGCUAGUAGUAAUCGUACAACACUGUUCGAUGAGUAAUAUUUCACUGUAAGACAUUGCUGAUUAGCCGAUAAGCUCUCCGCGCAACUGCUGAAUUGCUCGUGCUUACACGAUAUAAUGAUAUUUUGUAAAUAAAUAAAACCAAUCAAGCACA